GCCGAGCUCCCUGCCGGCGUCUGGGGCUCUGCUGCUUCCUGGGCUUGCACGCCGCUGCCGCGACUCGGGAGCCUCGGUGGAGCGCGGAGCGCCUGGGGUGCCAAGCUCUGGGAUGGAUCCCCCGCCAGAGGCCCUUGUGACUUGACAGCAGCUGGAUCUGCGCCUCUUAAGCUCUGUCGGGACCAGAAUCCUCGUCUCUCCUGCUGCUAAGUCAGCCCCCACCUCUCAGGUCGAAGCCCGCGGGCCCCGUGCCUCUAGACACCAUGUCCCUGCCCAUCGGGAUGCACCGCAGGGCCUUCAGCUAUGACGACGCCCUCGAGAACCCCAUGCCGCCGCCGCCAGCCGACAUGGGCAAGCUGCCCUGGAAGCCCACGGUUCCCCAGCGGCAGGAGCGCGACCACUACCAGGUGGAGGUGGGCGGCACCAGGGUCUCGUCCCCCACCAUCACCGUGUCUUCAGCCACCGAUGGUCCUGAUCCGGCGCCUGUGGUGAAAGCCAAGGCCACGCACGUCAUCAUGAACUCUCUGAUCACAAAGCAGACGCAGGAGAACAUCCAGCGGUUCGAGCAGCAGGCGGGCCUGCGGGAAGCCGGGUACACGCCACACAAAGGCCUCACCACCGAGGAGACCAAGUACCUGCGCAUGGCCGAGGCGCUGCGGAAACUGAAGCUUCAGAGUGGAGAGAGCAGCAGCGAGGAGAAGUCGGGCUCGGCCCAGUCCACGCCGAGUAGCACCCCCACCUCUUCCCCGCGGCCCAAGUCCAGAGGCUGGUUUGCUUCCGGGGUCUCCCCGGCUUUACCAGGCCCCAAUCCGAGCCCCCAGGAUGGCGGAAGUGGGGAGAAGGAUAAAUGGAGCCUCUUUGCACCCAGAACCCUCCAGAGGUCCGAAUCGGCGGGAGCUUUUACCACUCAGCCUUACCAAGGAGGUCAGAAGGCAUCACCCAUGGAGCUGAUCCAGGGCCCGGCUACCUUCAUGGCCGGAGACACCUCCACCUUGAAGCCACCCAAGCUGGACCUCCCGGGCACAGAAGCAAAGAAGCAACGGGCACGGAGCCACAAUAUCAAACCCCGGGACUUGAAUGUGUUCACACCCACUGGCUUCUAGAGCUCUCUAAGCCAGGGAUUCCUGAGGCUGGGCAGGGAGGGUUGACUUGUGCCCGUAUUGCCAGUUCCACCUCAGCUCUGGCCACCGGACAGUCUCGAACACCCCCCCCCACCCCCGCAUGGAGGCAAGACCUGGAGACCCUUUGGUUUUUGGAGAUGCGGUGAAGAAGCCGUUUUGGACUCCAGUAGAGGCAGAGUUGGUGGGGGGCGUUGAUAACAGUUGCUGGGGCCCGGGGGUUGGCACCCUCACUACCUUCUUUUGCAUCAUUCAGCUUGGGGCACCACCUAAAUCGGUGAUAAUUGCAGGACCCCCAUUUCCGCCUCCAUGUAGGGAGGGGCAGGAGCAGGCCGGGACCCUGAAGGUGUGUGAGAUUGGGGACCGCCGGGCCUGCAGGCACCCCUAUUGCUGGUGGAGAGAUACAGCCCGAUCCAAACACUUGAGUCUUCCAUCUCCUGCUGCACUUUAUUUCCCGAACCCCGGCUGGCUCCGAGCGCCGGAGAGAGAAACGUGUCCGGUGAUUUGUGGAUUAUUUUGGCCCCCUUAGAGAAGGGGGCUAGAACCGUCCUCACUGGCUCCCGAUUCCCAGGCCUGAAGAUCUUAUUUCUGCACCCUGUUUUCUGUUUGGGAGGGAGAUCUGCACCGUUUUUCUCUUGGAGUCUUGGCCUACCUCUUCCCUCCCUCAUGGCUGUGUGUCCGGGGAAGGACGGCCGUAGCCCCGAGGGGUUUCCUGGGGGGGCUCGGGUUCGCUCCGUCUACCACCCCUGUCGCAUUCCUGCUGUCUUCUGUCAGACAGAAGGGCUGAGGGGCUCAGCGUCACUAAACAUGGAGAGCCCCAAGUCGAGAGUGAUCACAACCACUAACUUAUUUGUAUUAUUCUGGGAGCUUCGUGCUCCAGUUGCCACAAUAAAGUUCCUUAUGACUUUCUCAAA